UGAACAGCAAAUGUUGAUAAAAUGGGAUCUAUUGUUUCUUUUAUUCCAGAUAUAGAAAGUAUGUUUCCUCUAUGCCAUUAAGAUGAAAAUGCUUUCUACUUAUGUUAUCGUCAAAAAUGCCUUUGUUUUUCAAGCUAGCAUUGGAUUCUCAGUCAACACCUUUCUCCUUUUCUUCCACAUCCCUUACGCUCUUCUGAAUUGCAGGCCUAAACCCCAUGACUUACUCACCUGUCACCUGGCCCUCAUUCACAUUCGGAUGCUCCUCACUUCAGUGGAUUUUUUGCCUCUAGACAUGUUUGAAUCACUGCAUUUUGGGAAUGACUUUAAGUGUAAGGCACCUUUUUACACAAACAGGGCAAAGAGGGGCCUCUCCAUCUGCACCAUCUGCCUUCUGAACACGCUCCAGGCCGUCAGCCUCAGCCCCAGCACCUCCUGGUUGGCAAGGUUUAAACAUAAAUCCACAAAUUACAUUAUGUAUGUUUUCUUUUUUUGGGUGUUCUUCAAUUUGUCCUUCAGUAGUUGGCUAAUAUUUUUCUCUGUGCAUUCUUCCAACACGACCCAUAUCAAGCUACUGAAUGUCAGUAAAUACUGCUCACUUUCCCCCAUGAACUCCAUAAUCAGGGGAGUGUUUUUCACUGUGACAUUGUCCAAGAUGUCCUGUGUAGUACUUAUGCUGCUCUCGAGUGCAUACAUGGUGAUUCUCCUGUCCAGGCAUUGGAGGCAAUCCCAGCACCUCCACAGCACCCACUCUCCAAGACCCUCCCCAGAGAAAAGGGCCACCCAGACCAUCCUGCUGCUGGUGAGUUUCUUUGUGGUCAUGCACUGGGUGGACUUUGUCUUCUCAAUCUUUUUAACCUUGCUAUGGACGUAUGACCCAUACCUUGUCCUGAGCGUGCAGGGAGCUGUGCUCAAUGCCUAUGCCACUAUUAGUCCUUUGGUGCAAAUCAGUUCCGAUAAAACAAUAAUCAAUAUUAUGCAAAAUUGCAAUAGAAAUACCAUCAAUUUUUAA